CCCACUCCCCUAGCCUGACCAUGCCCCUCCUUCCAGCCAACAUUCCCUGUGUCUCCUGUCCCGUUACCGUUACCACCCCCUUUUGGCUCGUCAUUUCCUUUCUCUCUCUCUCCCCCUCUCCCCCUCUCUUUCUCCUCUCUCUUUCCUGUCUCUCCUCUCUUCUCUCUCUCUGUCUUUCCCUCUCUCUGUCUCUUUCUUGUUGCUGGGGCAGAAUAGCAGCCCCCUUCAGACUUGGUGCCAAACCAAGCUGCCUCCCUUGUCCAGGCUGCAAGUCCAUUUGUGCCCUGGAAGCUUCCUAUACGAAUCUGUUCUCCCUUGGAAGAAUGACUGUAUAGACUUCUUUUAAUCUUGGAUACUUUCUCAUGCCCUGAAAACAUGGAGUUAAUUUUUUCCUACCAUCAUUUUUUCUCUUACUGAUUUGUGGCAGCCAGAACCUUAGACUCCUCUUGAUUUGUUCUUUUCCCAUUGUAUUAGGUGCCUACUUGUAAAAUGUUUUACAUUUUCAGUUUGUUUAAGAAAUAAUUUUUCUGUGUUUAUCUUCAUGUUGGAACCAAACUUACUCUUCUUUAAAAAUGAGAGGUUUGAUUCAACUAAAUCCUAGUAUUCUAGCUGCAGUGAAAUUUUCAGAGUGGUGGCUUUUUCAGUAGAGAUGUACAGAAUUUGGAUUCAGAUGAAAAAGAUAAAAAAAAACCUAGCCUUGACAAGGUUAUAAGUUAACAAGCAUUGCACUAUAUUGGGAAUGCAAAGGAAGGCAGAACAGCCCCCUCAAGGAACUUAAAAUCUAAUGGGAAAAGCAUGCAAACAGUUACAUAAAAACAAAAUAUAUACAGAGUAAAUUGGAAAUAAUCUUGAGUAGGAACUGGCAUUAACUAACAUUGGGAAAGGCAUCUUGCAGAAAGUGGAAUUUUAGCUGAAACUGAAAAAAGGCCUGGAGGCAGAGAUGAGAAAGGAGCACACUCUUAGCCAUCUCCCAGGACAUCCAGCAGGAGUUUGUCACAUACUGAAUUGCAACCUAGAUGAGACAUGGAGCAGUAUACAGCAAACAGCAAUAGUUCUACAGAACAGAUAGUUGUACAGGCUGGACAGAUUCAGCAACAGCAGCAGGGUGGUGUCACUGCUGUCCAGUUGCAGACAGAGGCCCAGGUGGCAUCCGCCUCAGGCCAGCAAGUCCAGACACUCCAGGUAGUUCAGGGCCAGCCUUUGAUGGUACAAGUGAGUGGAGGUCAACUAAUCACCUCAGCUGGCCAGCCCAUUAUGGUCCAGGCUGUUCCUGGUGGCCAAGGUCAGACUAUCAUGCAAGUACCUGUGUCUGGGACCCAAGGGUUACAGCAGAUCCAAUUGGUGCAACCAGGACAGAUUCAGAUUCAAGGGGGUCAGGCUGUGCAGGUGCAGGGUCAGCAAGGCCAGACCCAGCAGAUCAUCAUUCAGCAGCCCCAGACAGCUGUCACUGCUGGCCAGACCCAGACUCAGCAGCAGAUAGCUGUCCAGGGUCAGCAGGUGGCACAGACUGCAGAAGGUCAGACCAUUGUCUAUCAGCCAGUUAAUGCAGAUGGCACUAUCCUCCAGCAAGUUACAGUUCCUGUUUCUGGCAUGAUUACCAUCCCAGCAGCCAGUUUAGCAGGAGCACAGAUUGUCCAGACAGGAGCAAAUACAAAUACAACUAGCAGUGGACAAGGGACUGUUACUGUGACACUACCAGUUGCUGGGAAUGUGGUCAAUUCAGGAGGAAUGGUCAUGAUGGUACCAGGGGCAGGUUCUGUGCCUGCUAUCCAGAGGAUCCCCUUGCCUGGAGCAGAAAUGCUUGAAGAGGAGCCCCUCUAUGUAAAUGCUAAGCAGUAUCACCGCAUUCUUAAAAGGAGACAAGCUCGAGCCAAACUAGAGGCUGAAGGGAAAAUCCCCAAGGAAAGGAGGAAAUACUUACAUGAGUCUAGGCAUCGUCAUGCCAUGGCGAGGAAGCGUGGAGAAGGUGGUCGAUUUUUCUCUCCAAAGGAAAAGGAUAGUCCCCACAUGCAGGAUCCAAAUCAAGCAGAUGAAGAAGCAAUGGCACAAAUGAUUCGAGUAUCCUAACCAAAAGCAGAGAGAGUGAGCUGAUCCAGGUUCCUCUCCACUGUGUCCCAUUAUCCCAGGAAUUGAGCAGGCCUUCCAGUGGGACACUCAUGAUCACGUUCUGCCCUUUCCUACAAAACAGAAACCACUUAAUUUUUAAUAAGUGGUUUGACCUCAUAAUUGCAGUGAUCUCUGGCAAAUUGAAAUUCCAAGGACUCUGUCCCACCCCUCUCAGUCAGGACUUGAGACUAUUGAUGACAUUACUAUUUCAUGUAUUUGGAUGGUACAAGAGACAAAAAGCCAACCUGACAGUACCAUAAGUGGCACUUAAUUUGACUGGUGAAGCAGGACCAUCCCAGGGAAGAAAUACUGCUCGAUCAUUAGCAAGACUACAAUCGGGGAAACCACAGCCCACUUCUUCCCACUUGGAGUUUGGUUGGUCUCCUCCAUCCAUGAAGUUGAAGAUUUUAUGUGUGACCAACAGAAUGAACAUGUUGCAUGCAGAGAUGACUUUCAGGCAGAAGAGAUUUCCAUCCUGUGAUGUGUAAAGAACAUUGUUCCCUAUGAAUAAGGUUCAAUCAACCCAUGAUUAUAGCAGGAACCUCAAUCAACCUGUUAGGCUUAAUGCCAACAGAAAAAAUGCACCUCUGGAGUAAAAGAAUCAAAGGCUUACUGGCAUUUUAAAAUGCUUCUCUUCUCAGCUUAGGUGGUCUUACCUGCCUUUCCACUGAAAAUGGAACUGAUUGUAGAGAGAGCGCCUGGAUCACAAAUUUUCUCAUUUUUUUUCCCCAUAAGGUUCAUGGGUGGCCAGUCCUAGAAGCUGCCAUCCCUGGAAAAGAAAGCAAAGGAAUUAUUUCAAUUCUUUUUGUGUUCAAAUGCUGAGAACAUUUUCAGUCAGGGAAGUGUCAAGAGAGCAAAACUGUAGGUUGCUGAUCACAGACUAUAUAAAACUGUCCUCCUUUGGCAGCACUUCAGGAAUAGAAGGGAGAAUGCAAUGAUUUGUUAUUUUGAAUAAUAUGUGUGAGUGUGUGUGUGUGUGUGUGUGUGUGUAUAUGUAUGUGUGUUUUUUAUAACAUGAUUCAGUAGAGACCUGGGGUAGAUCAUUAGAAAGUCAAGUGAGGAACAGAUUCAUACUAAAACCUAACCUAGCAAGGGAGUAGAAAUGUAUUUACCAUCUUUAGUCUGAGAUUUGUUUUUUUAGUCCUUGGCCAUUUCCAAAAACCAUUGUUUUACCCAGGUGCCAUGGUUAUUUUCCAUACUUACUUAUUGGAGCCAGUAAUGAAUUCUGUUCCUACAAUAGUUUUUGUUUUUUUUUUAAUCCCCUUGGCAGCUGGUAUAUGAAUGCCUUUUUCUAUCUACUUUCCCCAUUUAAUAUGCAACCCUUAUACUUUGAUUCAAGGGUCUUGUACAGAAAGACUUUCACAUUGUACCCUUACUGUGGGACCAAACUGGAAAUAAUUUCUGGAGCCCCCUGAACAUCAGGAAUGGAACCGGGUUACCAGAUCUGAGUGUCCAUCAUUAAUGCGAGCUUCCAUAUAUUGAGCCUUGCAAUACAGAGAAUUAAUGUGAUGGUUUUAAAAGGAGUCACUGUCUAUUGAACAAAAGUGGUUAAAAAUGCCGAGCAUUUCUACUGAAAAGCAGUUGGAGCAAAGUAUAAAUAAGGGGGAAGGAAUCCUUUCUCGUUUUUGUCUUCCCUGUAAAAAUGUUACAUGAAGAAGGGAGGGAAAACAAAAAUCUUUAAAAGGAUAUGAAUCAAAAAUUAAGGGCUGUUACGGGGACAGUGGCAGAGGGCUGGCUGGAUGGAUGGGUAUAUCUCCCUCAUCCCAGUACUAAUAAGUUCUGGAAUCCAUGUUCCCAGUGUGGCUUCCAGAUGUUAGGCGGUUCCAACCCUUUCCAAGGCCCCCUUGGGAAUUGAUUUUUUUGUUCCACAGUUUCAGAGUCUCGUCUUACUUGCUAAGAACAAAGUUUGUAUGAUGAUGAUAAAACUGAAGGGGUUCAGAUUCCUGGUUUAUCUUUAGGAUCUAGUAUUAAAAGAGGAAGCCCCUCAAACUUGAUCUCUAAAGCUCAAGCUCAUUAAGAAAAGCAAUUUUAAAACUGUAUUUAUUUAUGUUUGUAAACUUGUACAUAGUAACAACCCUGCAAAUGUUCUGUUACUCGAUUUUACAUCUUUUAGGUUCUUUUAGGGUUUUUUGUUGUUUGGGAGUUUUUUGUGGGGGUGGGGCGGGAGGAAAAUACUUCUAUUUUCAGUUUGACUUUUACAUUUAUGUGUCAGGUCCCUUUUUUGUUGUCAUCUUGAAACACCAUGAAUUUGCAAGGAGAGUUUGGGGUUUGGGAGAUUUUUGUUGUUUAUUUGCUCCUAGGAAAUCUUUCCUUGUUUGCAAGUAUGACUGUUCUAAUGAACUUAAAAUUGAAAAAGUGGGUGACUGGAUGAAUGAAUAAUUGGUAUAAUGUAUAGUGUUAUACUUCAUUUGAGUAUUUUUUUGCAGGAUAAUUGAGUGUGUAUGUAUAUAUAAAUAUAUAUUUUUAAGUGCAUUGUUACAUAAAACACGUCCAUGUCUAUACCGCUGGACCAGGGGAACGUUUUCUGGGUUGUGGGUGCCUGUUAAUAAUGUCUUGGCUUUCAUUUGUGACCUUAAGCUAUAUGAAGGUUUUUCCCCCAAGGAAGAGGGGAGUACAGGUGAUCAUUGGUGACAUUGGAAUUCAGAGUAAUUUCCCAUUGUUAUUAUUUUUUAAAAGAAAUUUAUAAAAAUAUUAAAAUAAAAGUUUGCGUUUUAGGGAA